AUAGACUUCUAAUUUCAACUCCUCUCUUUCACUGAAGUUUCCAGAAGUCCUGUGUUAAAUCCUUUGUCUAAUUAUUUUUCCUCCAAUCUCUGUAUUUCACUAUAGAUAGACUCAAAUCACGUUCGAUUCUCUCGAUUUUCUCUAACAAUGGCGACUGAGUUGGCCGAGAAGGCUAAAGAAGCAAUAAUAGACGAUGAUUUCAAACUAGCCCUUGAUUUAUACUCUAAAGCCAUCGACUUGGACCCAACCAACCCCGAUUAUUUUGCCGACCGAGCACAAGUCAACAUUAAACUCGACAGCUUCACUGAGGCGGUUGCUGAUGCAAACAAGGCAAUAGAGCUCAAUCCUAAGAUUGCCAAGGCAUAUUUGCGUAAAGGUGCUGCCUGUAUUAAGCUUGAAGAAUAUCAUACAGCCAAGACAGCCCUUGAAAUAGGUGCAUCUUUAGCUCAAGUUGAUUCUAGAUUUACCAAGUUGAUCAAAGAAUGUGAAGAGCGCAUUGCAGAGGAGGCUGAUGAUCUAAGUAAGUCAAUUAAGUCCUUGACGCCAAAUGUUACACCAAGUGCUGCACCUCUAUCCAUUGGUUCCCAUCACAAAGAUGCAAUCUCUUCAGCAAAGCCAAAAUACAGACACGAAUACUACCAGAAGCCAGAUGAAGUGGUACUAACAAUCUUUGCAAAGGGCAUACCAGCAAAGAAUGUCACUGUUGAUUUCGGUGAACAAAUUCUUAGUGUUACCAUUGAUGUUCCUGGCGAAGGUGCCUAUCAUUUUCAACCUCGAUUGUUUGCAAAAAUAGUACCUGAUAAGAGCAGAUAUCAAGUGUUGUCAACCAAGAUUGAAAUCUGUCUUGCAAAAGAAGAAGUUAUUAACUGGACAUCUCUUGAAUAUAGCAAGGACAUCUCAGUUCCUCAAAAAAUAAUUGUGCCAUCAGUUGGAUCUCAGAGGCCUUCUUACCCAUCUUCAAAAACUAGAGCAAAAGACUGGGAUAAGUUGGAAGCCCAAGUAAAGAAGGAGGAAAAAGAUGAGAAGCUAGAUGGCGAUGCUGCUUUGAACAAGCUAUUUAGGGACAUUUACCAAAAUGCAGAUGAAGAUAUGAGGAGGGCUAUGACCAAGUCUUUUGUCGAAUCAAAUGGGACAGUGCUAUCAACUGACUGGAAAGACGUGGGUUCAAAGAAGAUAGAAGGCAGCCCUCCAGAGGGUAUGGAGGUGAAGAAGUGGGAGUAUUAAAUUGAUGCUGGACUGCACCAACGGAUUAUACCAAGACAGCAAUGUCUGAAUAUUUUGUUCUUUUAUCUUUUGUUUUCUUUUUCUCCGACAGGGUCUAGGUUUAUUUUCUAUGCUGCUGUAAAUCAAACGAAGUUAAUUAACAAUGUAAUUGAGAUUAUUUAUUUUUUGCUGUGGGACAAGUGCGUUGCAUUUACGGUU